AUGGAUUGGUGGACAUGGAUAUUUUUUCUCAUCGGCUGCCUAGCAACUUUAUUUGUUUUAUAUAAGAUUUUAUAUAUAGCCUAUUCCGUCCUAUGGCCAUACUAUCUCGGACCGCGCAUUGAUCUAAAAGAUCGAGCAGGAGCGGAAUGGGCAGUGAUAACCGGUGCCACAGAUGGUAUUGGUCAGGCUUACGCCUUUGCAUUAGCUGAACAAGGUUUCAAGAUACUUUUGAUAUCACGAACACAGUCGAGGUUGGAUCGAACUAAAGAAAUAAUUCAUGAAAGGUGCAAAACCGAAGUUCGAACAUUCGCUUUUGAUUUCACUUCGAAUUCUCUUGAAGACUACGAGCCACUUCUGGAGACGCUUGAAUCUUUAGAGAUCGGAAUCCUGGUCAACAACGUUGGGAUGGCCUUUGAUUAUCCUGAUAAAAUCCAUAAGAUUCCUGGGGGAUUGGAAAAGAUCCACAAGCUGGUCAACAUUAAUGUGCACCCGCCGACAUUAUUAUCGAUGGCUGUAUUGCCUCAUAUGGUAGCUCGCGAAUCGGGCAUCAUCAUUAACAUUGGCUCCUCAUCGGCAAAUUACCCCUUGGAAUACUGGAGCGCGUAUUCCGCUUCAAAGAAAUACGUCGAGUGGUUGACGCGGAUAAUGGCGAAGGAAUACAAGAAGUAUGGGAUUAUUAUUCAGUGUAUUACGCCGAUGAAAGUCGCCACAAAGGCUAGCGGGGCCGAAAAAUCCCUAAUCGCUCCCGACCCAAAAAGCUACGUCCACCAUGCCCUCCGAUCCGUCGGCUUGGCAGAAGUGACAACCGGACACCCUUUCCAUCAACUACAAGUUCUCAUCUUCGACAUGCCGGCGUGGAUCUUGGAUCCAUUUAUUGGGCUGAUGUCGCGGAAUAUGCGAAAAGAGGGGUUGAAGAAGGCAGCGCAAGAA